CACCACUAAACCGAUGGAAAGCAAGUGCAAACAGUAAAAAAAAGAAGAAAAUCACAACAAUAACAAACAAUUAAAUGGUUAAGAAAACAAAAUGUCGAUCAGUGGCGGAAAUAAACAGAACGGACCGAACAAGCUAGCAAAUGGUCGACUUCUGGACGAGGAGGAGCGGGAGCAACUGAUUGGGAAUCCGCGUGUUGCUCCUGGCAGCAGGCAACCAGCGCAGGAUCGCCUCAAGCGGCUGCAGAGCAACCUGAAGCGGGUGCAGAACAAGAAGCUGCCCGUGAAGGCAACGCAGGCCAAGCGCCACGUGCCUUUUGUGCGUCCAAGAAGAGCAACUUCCUCCGUGGCCGCAGCCCAAGGAUCACCGACUAAUCCCGCCCAGAAUUCGAAUGCCUGGGAGAAGCCCAAGGCUCUGCUGGAUGCCAGCAAUCGGCUGAAGGCGGGCCCCACCGAAAGUGCCAACCAGCGGCUGACGCGCCUGAGGAGCUCCCUGCAGCAGGAGCGCAACAACAACGAUGUGAGCAGGAUAAACGAGGAGGAUUCGAAGCAGCCAGAGCCCAUGGAAUGGGAGGAGGACUCCAAGGAGGAAACGAAUGACAUCCUGCUGAUGCGCCAGGCCUCGCAGGAUGAGGAGCUGCCCAAGCGCCUCACUGAUCACAUGUACUUUGUGCUCGACACCAACGUUCUCAUGCACAACAUCAAGUUCGUGGAGCAGCUAACCGAUUUAAUGCUUCCUGGCACCGUGGGCAGCAUGCUGUACAUUCCCUACAUCGUCAUCAAGGAGCUGGACAAGCUGAAGGGCCAGCAUUACCACGCCAGCGAGGUUGCAGAUCCCAAGCGACUGAUUGCCGUGCGUGCCAUACGCUAUUUGAACACCAAAUUCGAUAUGAGCCUGGAGAUUCAAGCUCAAUCGGCUGUCGAGGAGGCGGAGCAUCUGAUUGAGGUGGGCUGCCCGGACGACAGCAUCGUGAAUUGUUGCCUGCAGCUAAGGGAUCAAGUGCCGCACAUGCUGCUCCUCACCAACGAUGCCAAUCUCCGCCUGAAGGCGAAUGCCUCCGGUAUCCGCGUCUCCUGUUGCUCCGAUCUGCGAGCCGAUUAUCCCGAUGAGUUUGCCGCUUUGGGGGAUUAACUUUAAUACUUUAUACUUGAAUAAGUAGAGAAAAGACUGCGUUUGUGAUAUGGAAUCCAGAGGAGGAGCAGGAUCCACCAGUCAAGCCACUGCACCGCAGCACACAUGAAGUACAAUCACAUCACAUUUUACGAAGGCCACCGGCGAUGUUCUUAGUUAUAACUGCCUUUUGCUAACCCAGCAAUAAAGUUUGUUCUCUUUUUUUUGGAUAAAUGUGGAGUGUA